AAAUAGAGGCAAAUCCAGAGAUUCCAGUGGAGACAUUGAGGAGGUAUGCACAGGAGAAGUUUCAGUUGAGGGUGAAAAAGAGGCUAUUGUACAAGGUCAGGAGUAUGGCAAAGGGAAAGCUGCAUGGUGGUUGGGCUGAAGCAUAUGAGCUGUUGCCUAGAUAUGCUGAGAUGAUUAAGCAAACAAACCCAGGGAGUCAUGCACUUAUAACAUGGGGGGCCAGUAGUGGGGAUGUGAACCCAAAAUUCAGAGCUUGCUUCUUCUCAUUUGCUGCACAAGUCAGGGGGUUUCUAAGGGGUUGUAGGCCCAUAAUUGGAAUAGAUGGGUCUCAUUUAAGUGGUUUCUACAAGGGCAUUCUACUGACAGCAGUUGGCAUAGAUGGGAACAAUGAAAUUUUUGUUCUUGCCUAUGGGAUAGUAGACACUGAGAGUUGUGACAGUUGGACCUACUUCAUGAGAUGUUUGAGGCAAAUGUUUGAGCAGGAGGGUUGCAACAGAGAUGAUUGGACCUUCAUCAGUGAUAGGAUGAAGGGUGUUGAGUUGGCAGUUAGAGAAACUUUUCCUAGAGCAACUAGGAGAGUUUGCUGCCAACACCUAUACAUGAAUUGUAAGAACAAUGGCUUCAGUGGAUCUGCAUUCCACAAACUCUUUUGGAUAGCUGCUAACACUACAACAAAUCCCGCAUUUUAG